AUGUACAACGAGAAUGAUAAUAAUGAGGGAAUCGAUGUAAUAAACUUUGAAGACUAUGCUAGCAAUGUUCUUUAUUUACUUAUAUAAGUAGGCUAUUACUCCAAAAAUUUAAAUUGAAGAUCAACGUCCAUCAACUCCUCCAAAAAUGAUUAAGAAUUAAUAGUUUCAUAAAAAUCUAGGAUAAAAUCAAGCCUCCUAUCAAGAUGAUAAAAAAUUUGACAUAAAUUAGGUAAUUAAGUUGUGACAAACAAUUUUAGAUGAAAGUUGAAAAUACUAUUCCUUUCAAAUAGGACAAUUAAAUUAAGCAUAAAUCAUAAGAAAGUGAGGAGGAUGACUUUGGUUCAGUAAUUUAGUUCUAAGAAAUAGCAGAAAAAGAAGAUUAAGAAAGAAUUGAAUAUUAAGAAUAGAAUGAUUUGAACAAAUAAAAUAGAUAAUCUCCAAUAGAAAAUAGAUAAGAAAUAAAUGCUGAAGAGAGUCCAAAAAAAAUAGAAUAAGUAGGACCUUCUCUUUAAAAUUCAGUAAUCUCAAAUGCUUCUGUAGUUUCAGCAUAUCCUUUAGUUAAUAAAACUCUUGAAUUUUAAUGUAUCAAAGAAUUUCUUACUUCAUCAUUAAAUGAAAAUGGAAUUGUUUAGUGUUCUCUAAUAGUUAAUACAUCUGGUUUAAAUAAAUUGAAACCUAAAUUUUAUUUAGAAAAAAAUGGCAAAAUCUUUUUAGCAGCCAAGAAAUCAUCUCAUAAAUUUAUAAUUAGCAUGAAUAAAGAUAAAAUAUAAAGAAAAUCUUCUAAUUUUAUUGGAUAAAUUAGUUGUAAAUAAAAAUAUGAUUAUUUCUUUUAUGAUAAUGGUAAUAAUCCUAAAAGAAAUAAAUUACCUGUACGUAAUACUUUAGGUUAAUUGAAAUUCAUUACUUCUUCCAAACCUACAGAACCUAGAUAAUAAGAAGUAUAUUAUAAAUUAUAAUAUUUUAGUUUCGAUUCCCUUCAGAUGAUUCUCAUAUUUUUAUGAAUAGAAAACCAAAAUGGAAUGAAAAAACUAAGAGUUUUACUUUAAAUUUUUAUGAUAGAGUCAAAGUCUCAUCAAUAAAAAACUUUUAGUUAAUUUAAAUUAAUGAAUAACCUGAAUAGAUAUAUAUUUAAUUAGGAAAAGAAAAUGAUGGAAAAUUCAAUUUGGAUUUUUAAAAACCUUUUUCUCCUUUAUAAGCAUUUAUGAUUGCAUUAGCAAAUUAUGAUAAAAAGAUUGAGUACUGA